UCCGGUACACUUGCGCAUUUGAUACUUCCUUUUUUCAAUCCACUAUGUCGAAGAGAGGACGUGGAGGUUCCGCGGGAGGAAAAUUCCGUAUCUCGCUGGCUCUGCCAGUUGGGGCAGUUAUCAACUGCGCUGACAACACAGGGGCCAAGAACCUGUAUGUUAUUGCUGUGAAGGGCAUCAAGGGUCGUUUGAACAGAAUGCCAGCAGCUGGAGCUGGAGACAUGAUUGUAGCCACCGUCAAAAAGGGCAAGCCAGAACUCAGAAAAAAAGUAAUGCCUGCUGUGGUGGUGCGGCAACGUAAAUCAGUCCGGAGGAAGAACGGGGUGUUUAUAUACUUUGAAGACAAUGCCGGGGUGAUAGUGAAUAACAAGGGAGAAAUGAAAGGGUCUGCUAUCACUGGUCCUGUAGCAAAGGAAUGCGCAGAUUUGUGGCCCCGUAUUGCAUCAAACGCCAGUUCUAUCUCGUAGAAUACCACUGUAAAUAAAUGUCUUCAAAGGGA